AUGAGCGACGAAAGCGUUAUCUUCACUACCCACCGAGCUUUGGCUCUUCCAGAAAUCGUGUGUGAGAUCCUCCGUUGGAUCGACAAGGACAAUGCAAUCUGGCACCGCACACGUCGCUUAUUGAGUUGUGCCUUAGUAAAUAAGACAUGGUGCCAUGAUGCAAUACGUAUCUUAUGGAGAAAUAUGGAAGUAGAUGGAGAACCCCUCAACGAUGUCAUGAUAAAGAUCUCCCCCGACCGCCGCCAGACUUAUGCCAACCUUAUAAAGAGCGCAACCAUAACAACAUAUAGCCGGGAGACUGAACUAAUGGUACAGCCAGCUUUGGAAAAUGUGGUCUUCCCACAGUUACACACUUUGCGUCUUGUUCUCGUCUUUUACGACUUGGACAUCGAAGGGAGUAUCCGCAUCCCAACUUUGAACAUGCCAAAUCUUCAGACCCUUCAUGUCGGCCGUCCGGCUGGGCCAAUAUUUUUAUACCCUGACCAAUGGGAUAAUCUCACUGACCGGAUUCUGAAGCUCUUCCCGUGUUUAUUGAAUGUUCGAAUUGAGAUACCAACUAUCCUUUAUAUUGCAGGAUUUGAGGCUCUAUCUGAAAAUCUGCCAAACUUGAAAUCCAUCGAGUUUGAGGAUAUCUUGUCCCUGUCGGACACGGAAAGUAGUGUGGAGGAUACCAGUGAGGAUUCUACCGAUUACGAUGAUACGGAUGACGAGGAUUUAGAUGAUGAGAGUACAGAAUAA